CAUAAAAUGAAUGUGUAACUCGUAUUCAGCAACUCAAUAACCUUUAUGUGGUCAAUAAUGGUCUUUGGAUUGCAAGACGGAAAACCUUAUGAUCUCGGGAUUUGCUGUCGAUUUACUGUUGCAACGCCCAUAGCAGAACAAUUAAAAUUUAUUAAGUAACAAAUGAACUAAAAUAAGUUACUUGUUAAAGUUUUUUUGUAAAUGAAUUUCUUGCUGUGAACGAAGUUUGUCUUAAGAAUAGCAGCAGAUCCUUUCCAGUAGAGAGAGAAAGAGCUAAUUAAUCUUUACAAAUGAAAUUAUUUUUAUAUAUUUAAGUUACAUUUGUAUUAGCGCCAAAUUAAUAUUUGGUGAAUUGUGCCUAUGGCAGAAUGUAUGAAUGUAUUUUUAAAAUGAUGAUUUGGUGAAUCUUAAGCAUUUUAAGCAGGUAAGAAUUAAAUUUGUUAACAAACAAAAAAGAAUAAGUUUUUGAUAUUCAUCUGACCAGACAUUACAUAAAAAUUAAUCGAAAAAACUGUAACAGUUUGGCAACCCUAUUUCGUUAUGCUUAACACACAAAAAGAAGCUAAAAGAACCCUUAGCGUGUAGAGAAAAAUAUGGUUAACCAAUAAUCGUCCUGUAUAGAGACGAGAAUUUACGCGCAUGCGCCUGAACGCCCGAUUCCUUCAGUCCUUUGGUACACAUCAGGUUGGAAAUGAAAUAUACAAGUUAAUAGAGUCCAAUACAAUUUUUUUUUCCUCACGUAUUAUAAAGAAAAAUUGACGAGUCGAGUCGUCGCUCGAUCAAACGUUAUAUGUGUGCUUUAUAUCGUGGUUUAAUUGAUAAAUUCAUGCACACCGGAGCGUUAACGUUAACGUAAUGCAAUAAGAUGCUUUCGAAAAUAUCGAUUUAAAGUUGGUUUUUGUUCAAAAACAAACACCAGGUCAAAUGUGAAAAGUACUGGCAAGGAAAAGCCAUUGAAUACGUUUAGAAUAUAUUGAAAUAAAUAAGUAUAAGCCUUUAGUAAGUUACUAACAGAACAGUGCAAAGCAAAACAAUGGGAUGCUUGAGUAGUAAAGACCGUUUAACUAAAGAAGACAUGGAGUUUUUGAAAACCCACACAAGAUACGAUGAAGCCACCAUUAAAGAGUGGUAUAAAGGAUUUAAGCAAGAUUGCCCGAACGGGCGUUUGACGCCAGCAAAAUUUGUCGAUAUGUAUAAAAUGUUUUUUCCAUCCGGAAAUGCGGAGGAAUUUUGUGACCAUGUUUUUCGUACAUUUGAUAUGGACAAAAAUGGAUAUAUCGACUUCAAGGAAUUUUUACUUGCAAUAGAUGUUACUUCAAGCGGAACACCAGAAGAAAAGCUAAAAUGGGCUUUUCGAAUGUACGAUGUUGAUGGAAAUGGUGUCAUAGACAUACAAGAAAUGACCAAAAUUGUUCAGGCAAUUUAUGAUAUGCUUGGAGCGUGCUCAUCCAAUCGUCCUGCAGACUCCGCGGAAGAACGAGCAAAAAAUAUAUUUGCUAAGAUGGACGAAAAUAAUGAUGGUCAAUUAACGCAAGAUGAGUUUUUAAAAGGAUGCUUACAAGAUGAAGAGUUGUCCAAAAUGUUGGCGCCAUAAACAAUUAUAUCCUACAAUAUGUGUGUAUUUGAUGAAAUCAGUAAUGAAAUGUAUAAAUAUUUAAUUUAUAUUUCUUAUACUAAAAUUAAACUAUGGAAUCAUUAAAAUA